AUGUCUGAUAUUGCCGAUGACUCUGAUGGCGAACACCGCCGCAAACGCAUCAGACAAGCUUGUCUUAAUUGCAGGAAGAAAAAAGUUCGCUGUGGAGGCGAAAAGCCUGUAUGCAUGUGCUGCAGCCGACUAUCGCAGGUCUGCCGCUAUUCCACAAUCUCGUCCAAGUUCAUGGGUCUUGAAGAUCGGCUCUCUAGGAUAGAGAACACUCUCCAAAGUUAUGUAACGCUUCUAUUCGCCGCUGACGUCUUUUUCCGAUUUUGCCAUAACCAACCAUACUCAUUAUUUCACGAAGCAACAUUUCGACAGAGGCUGGUUUGUGGGGAGCUGCCCUCACAUCUCGUGUGGGCUUUGCUAGCGGCAGCCCGUCGAUACUCAUCGCUUCCUAAUCUUCCGCUCAACGACCCUGAUGACGCUCAAUUCUAUGCCAAAAAGGCUUGGGAAUGUAUGAAACUGCCAUGGAAUGGCGGUGUGUCGGAUGAAGAGGUUGUUCCUAUCUUGCAAGCCAUCAUCCUAAUCGUCAAUGUCGAGCAUCCCUCUGGCUUGUGCGCCUCAGCUUACAUGAAGCUUGGCUUCGCAAUACGCCUGGUCUUGCAUUCAAAGCUUCACUUGGAGCCCGAGAGUACCCUUGAUCCCAUCUUUCGAGAAGAGCGCAAGAGAACGUUCUGGUCGAUAUAUCUCCAAGACAAGUUGAUAUCUCUAUCAAGAGAACGGUUCUCCAUCUUGAGAGAUGAAGAGUGUAGGAUACAGUUGCCCUGCUCAGAAGCAGCCUUCCGGGAAGGUCUCCACGAAGAAGCACCGACUCUACAGCAAUUCACAGGCGACUGCCUAGACCAAGAGUCUGCCGACACUUGUUGCCCUCUUGCUCUGAUUGCAGUCAUGGCAUCGAUCUUGAGUCGGGUGUCAUACUACGUCCUCCAAGAGAACCGUGAUUCCCAACUGGGGCUCCCUUGGUCCUCGACCUCCCCCUAUGCCUCUAUAUCAUCCACUCUACUUCAGUUAGAGAUCUGCUUCGGGAUGAAUGAGGACCCGAAGAAAACCCUGAGGGAUAGGUGCUAUGUAGAUGGGUCCAUUGAUCAACACCUUGCUGGCCCUUUUAUCUAUUCCAAGGCACUCUUCCACCUCUCACAUUGCCUUCUACACCAUCCGUUCUUGAUACAGCAGCGGUUGGAAAAGCUAAGACAGAGAGCUCCCCCGAUAUUCAUAAACACAGCAUGGAAAAACUGCAGAGCACAUGCCCAGAGGUUGAUAGAGCUGAAAGACACGAAACACCAUAACGUCCUUGUCUUGACAUCUCUCUAUGGCUACUGCACUAUGGUGGCGGGAACGAUUCAUGUCCUCUCAAUGAAUGACGACAACCAGUCAAUCCGCGAGCAAGGACAAGAGUACUACAACUCUGCGCUGGAUUUCCUAAACGAUCUUUCUUGCUAUUGGAAGCACGCAGCUUUAAUGGCAAAUCGAUUGGAGCGCUUUCGACAACAAUGUGAGAACCGCCGAACAGACAUGAAUCCAUGUGCCGACAAGUCCGGGCACUCGCCUGGCGAUGUCAAAGCAUUGUGGCAGAGCGUCGACUAUGCCCUGCUUUCGGCUCCGACACGGCCUGGAAGUCCCACCAACGGCCAAGCGCCGACCGGGAUGGACCUGUUCACACCGCGGAGCAAGCUCUUCGACUUUGCUGACUUUGACACGUUUGCUGAGGGACUUGGGAUCUUUAGCAAUCUGCCGGACGACACCCUUGAACCGGUGCCAGCAGAGUAG